AUUUCUAAGAUACUCAGUUGUACUUGUACAUAGGUACGUAUCUAUCUACCCAAUUUCAAGUUAUUUUCAGAACAUUUCUAAGGCGUCAAAACGGCCCAAAACCAUCUCCAGUCGACUCGGCAUAUCUAAUGUAUGAUCAACUUUUUUGUAAUUUGUAGCAUUUUCCCGGAUUUUCGAAAUUUUUCAAUUGAUGAGAUUGUAUGUUCUUCGAAUUUCUAAAGGAUCGUUGGAGUGGCCAAAUCAAACAAAUUGAAUUUCAUUAUAAUAAGUUCUUUGGUAUAGUAGGAUACCGUGGGCUGAAUAUUUCUUAUCGUAUGUGGACCAUCCGCCAUGAUAUUCGUAUUAGAGUUUAGAAAUAUGUAUACGUAUAAAAAGUACGAGUUAUCUUCAUUUUCAUUUCCUUUAUUCCUACUUAAUACUCCAUCAUAGUUUAGGUAUAUCAAGCUGUUGAUAAAAAUGACAUAAGUACCUAUUUGGUUUCAUAUUCAAGUACGUACGUUACUUAUUCGAGCAUAAGUUUAACACAGUGAAAUGAUUUUUGGCCCAAUGUCGGUGAAAUAUUACGUUAUUUUUCUUAUUUUACUAAGUGUGACUUACACAAACGGACGCUUACGUGACUGUGAAAGUAAACCAGGCAACUACUCUCACGAAACGGUCGCGGCGUCGGCAUUCAAAUGUGUUGUAUUUUCGCACUUCGACUUGCUUUCACCUCCACCUCAUGCUCAGUCUUCUAAUGAUACUAAAGCAGAUUUUGUUAUGGCAUAUGUUGAUUUGAAUAUCGAAGACGGAAUACUUCUAUUAAUUGGGAGUAUAUUUAUGCAAUGGUACGAUGAACGAACAGUGUAUGGCGCAGAAGAAUUUAUAGAUCCGCUUAUCCUAGAAGAUAUUGAAGCUGAUUCAGUGUGGAGGCCGAGUUUCACAUUGAACGACAAUUUGUUUUUAGACGAGAGGUACUACACCAAUUGUUUCGGGACUGGCCACUUGAAAAUGAAGUCGAAUGGAUUCUUACAUUGGAUGUCGUCAGUGAAUUCACACACUAGAUGUAAACUAAGCUCUAAUAGUUGGCCAUGGGGUCCUCAGAAGUGCAUCCUCAAUUUCACGAUCGAUACGCCAGAUAUUUCUGUCACUUUCUUUGAGUCCGUGGACAAUGUACCUGGAGUGCCAUCAUUAUGGACUAUUACCGGUGUCAAAAAAGAACUGGAGUUUCCUUACUUGAUAUUUGAGCUGACCUUAAAAAUGAAAAGCCAUUCCUUGCAAAUUACAUCGUGUUUGAAACUUAUAGCCGUUAGUUUGGUGCUUCUUCCAUCGUUUUUGAUAUCGCCAGAAAGCGGAGUCAAACUGGCAUCCAAAAUAUUAUCUCUGCUCAUGCUCGUUAUUGCCAUGCUUAUGUUGAUGAAUUCAAUUCCAAAUUUCACCGUAAUAGCUCCUAAUUUCUUGAUCGCAUUUGGCAUGAUAUUUACAAUGGUGGGAAUAUCCAGCUGUAUCACUGCCUUCCUACUCAGAUUAGCUAGGAAAUCACGCUCAUAUCAUCCAUCGUUGAUCACGGAAGUUGGAAAUUUGAAAGAAAACACACGUGAAAAUGAAGCGAUGAAAAUGGCAUCGUUUGAAGACAUUGCACCCUGUGAGGACGAAUGCACAAUUGAGGAAUCACUAUCAAAAAAAUCAGAAAAUGAAUGGUUGAGAAUCGGUGUAUUGAUAGAGCAUUCGUUAUUUGCGAUUUGUGCAAUACUUGUUACAUUUCUUACCAUAAGUUUUAUGAUCUGAAAUAGCACAAAAAUAGGUUUCGUAUCGAUUUGAUUAAAAUUUGAAACAUGUGUA